GGAGAGGUAGAGCGAGAGCGAGGGUGGGAGGUCCCGGUGUUGUGACGUUGUCAUUGGCUCCGUGUGUCUCUCCAGCUCGGACUCGCCUCUCUCUCUCUCCCUCUGUGAUCAGUGGGUGAGAGGGGGGAGACGAGCAGCACACAGCGGACUACCUCCGGUGCGCCUCCGUCAUCAUCGGCUCGUCGGCUCGUCCUGUGUUCACACCGCCCGUCCUGGAGCCCCUCGCCUCGGUCCUGGAGACGCCUGAGUCCGCAGCAUCGGCUUCUAUCAGCAGCCUUGUUAUCUGAAUGACGGGCGGAAGGUUUGACUUCGACGACGGUGGCACUUACUGCGGGGGGUGGGAGGAUGGCAAAGCCCACGGACACGGCAUCUGCACCGGACCCAAGGGCCAGGGCGAGUACGCCGGCUCCUGGUCGCACGGCUUCGAGAUAGUCGGGGUGUACACCUGGCCCAGCGGGAACACCUACAGAGGCUACUGGUCCCAGGGGAAGCGGCAUGGGCUCGGGGUGGAGAACAAGGGGAAGUGGGUGUACCGCGGGGAGUGGAGUCACGGGUUUAAGGGUCGCUACGGGAUCCGGCAGAGCCACAACACACCUGCCCGCUACGACGGCACCUGGAGCAACGGGCUGCAGGAUGGAUACGGGAUCGAAACUUAUGGGGAUGGAGGUACCUAUCAAGGCCAGUGGAUGGGCGGUAUGCGGCAUGGCUACGGCGUACGCCAGAGUGUUCCCUAUGGCAUGGCCACCGUUAUCAAAUCACCUCUCCGUACGUCCCUGGCCUCCCUGCGCUCCGAGCAGAGUAACGGAACGGUGCUCCAGGACCUCUCCACCACCGCAGACACGCCGACGGGCAGUCGCGGCGGCUUCGUCCUCAACUUCCACUCAGACAGCGAGGUCGUCACCGGCAAGAAGAAGGGCCUGUUCCGCCGGGGCUCGCUCUUCGGCAGCCUCAGGCAGCUGCGCAAGUCGGACUCUCGGACGUCCAUCUCCAGCAAGCGCAGCUCCGCGAGAAGCGACGCCACCAUGAGCCGCAUCAGCUCCAGCGACGCCAACUCUACCAUAUCCAUCGGUGACGGCGAGCUGCCAGACGAGGACCUACCUCUGGAGGACCACGUGGACGCCACCACGACCGAGACCUACAUGGGAGAAUGGAAGAAUGACAAACGCAAUGGAUUUGGUGUUUCGGAGCGAUCCAAUGGGAUGAAGUACGAGGGAGAAUGGCUCAACAACAAGCGCCACGGUUACGGGUGCACGGUUUUCCCGGACAGCACCAAAGAAGAAGGGAAGUACAAAAAUAACGUGCUGGUGCGUGGAAUACGGAAGCAGUUGAUUCCUCUUAAAAACCCCAAAACCAAAGAGAAGGUGGAUCGGGCAGUGGAGGGGGCACAGAGGGCUGCAGCCAUCGCCAGGAGUAAAGUGGAAAUAGCAGCCUCCAGAACGGCCCAUGCCAGGACAAAAAGCGAAGCCGCGGACCAGGCCGCUGUCUCCGCUGUGCACGACUCUGAAAUUGCCAGGGCGGUUGCCAGGGAGCUCGCCCCCAACUUCUACCAACCAGGUCCUGACUACGUAAAGCAACAGUCAAAGGAGCCCGUGGAGAUUAAAGAGGUCCCGGUUGAAAAGAAGGAGAAGGAGAAAGAUUCUCCUCACUUCUACCGCAAAGGUACGACUCCUCCCCACUCCCCUGUGACCAGUGCUGGAGGCACACCUCCCCCCUCGCCGCACUCCAGCAAGAAGAAAGGUCACCUCUCCAACAGCACGAGCCGCAAAACCAGCAAAGAGGAGAAACCGUCCCGCAAAACGAGCAAAGAGGAGAAGUCAAGUCAGAAGACCAGCAAGGAUGAGCGGUCUGGCAGAAAGCUGAGUAAAGAGGAGAGGCUGUCCGUCCCCGAUGGCCCCAAAACCUCUCACGUCCACAUCGAGGCUCCACCUAAACCCGCUAAGGCUCAGCAGCCCACCCCGGCCUCGGCUCCUCCUCCACAGCCCCCCGCAGUUCCAGUCAACGGGCAGCUCCACACUCAGUACCACAGUUACUAUGUCAAGACCCCUACAAGGGUCCCUCCUCCCCCGGAGCCUGAGGAGGAAGUCGAGGAAGAGCCCAAUGCCCUGACCCUGGCACGUAUGCCCCCACAACCCGCCAAGUCCUAUAGCACCCCUACUCCUAAGCCGGCCUCCAUACGGGAGAACAAGAGCGACCCGAAACUCAGGAAGCAGGAUUCCCUCAAGCCAAAGAGCCUCGCAGACACAAAGAAAGCCAGCAUGGACAUUGCAGAAAACAGCGAAGAAACAGGUCCUAACUCGAUCCUUGUUGCCAUGGUAAUGCUGUUGAAUAUUGGCCUUGCAAUUAUAUUUGUCCAUUUUCUGACAUGAUGAAGCUGUUUCUCUGUAAAGCCGUCGCAACCGGUACAGUUGCAUCGCCGGCCUUGAAAAGUGAAAAUGGCGCCAGUGAGACACGGGGGCGGCCGUAGGUGUUUUGGAAUCAGUGUGACACCGAAGAGAACCGGGAGGAAGGCAGCGCCAACACCGACCUGCCAGGGGCCUCAUCCGGGGCCUGCCCCGUGAAUUAGCACUCCUCUGGCUUCUCUAAAAGCUGAGGUGAAAUGUUGUGUCUAGUGAGAUUUAAAAAAAGACAAAAAAAGUUUAAAAAUGCAACCAAACGUACACAGUCUGAAAAAAGAAGUAAUUGAAACCCACUCGUGUGCUGAUCCAAGCACUGGUCCCUGUGGCCCGCUGCCAUGGCAGAGGUAGCGGUGGGCUGACGGACUGUGCCGGAGGAGAAGAGUGUGGAGAUGCACUUUUAGAUGACGGGAGCAAACAGCUGCCUUUCUAUUUUGCCAUCUGACGUUUUGAUGGGGAGAUGUGAGCCCGCCGA